GUUUCGACGGCAAACAUUACGCCUCACAUUGCUCUCUCUCCUUUGCUUAAACAAAUACGCUUACGAUAAGAAUCUGCAACAUUUAUCCACGAUACGCGUUAAUUAUCUACUCAUUCUAUUGCAACUCAUUCAAGAGGAUACUCCACAGCAUAUCAAUCAGCAAGGCAUCAAAAUGAAUGUACUCCCUAUAAAUGGACCGCCAACACCGCCUUUGGAGGAAGUUGCUUUAGCCUCACUGUACACGCAUUUGCAAAAGUUAGCUGUCGACAACGAAACUAUGCGCGCAUCUAUUCAAAAUUUUCAAAAUGAUCAAGACAUGUCCCACAACAUGUACACUGACUUUGAUCAGAGUCCUGCAUUGUUGAGCCUUCAGCCUCUGGGGGAACGCGAUCUAUUUUUAGAACAACAACAGCAACAAUACUUUAACUUAAGGGAGCGCAAGAAUAGAUUGAUUUUAGGUUUAGGUACUAUUCUCGGCGAAUAUGGUUCAAUUCAAAAUCACGUGAUAAGAUCUUUGAAAAUUUGGCAACGCAAACAAGCAUUGUCGGCCAAUGGUGCACCAUUUCCCGACAAUUUAGACGAGAUACAAUACUUUGUAGAAGCGUUGAUGGAUCUUAUCACCGAAAUAAUCGCACUCAUCAAUAAUCUUCUGUAUUUUGGUGAUGAGCCAACGCUCAAUGAAAUAUUAAAUCAUGCACGGGGCCUGCAUAAUGUGCUUAUAUUUUCGGCCUUCAUUGUGGAGAAGCAACCACCUCAAGUGAUAAAGAAGUCGUCAAAGUUUCCGGUCACUGUACGUUGGUUAAUCGGCGAGAAAUUGGAUAUACAUAGGAGCAAACCGAAAAUAAAGUGUGAAAUACUUUCAGAGGCUCAAGCUAAACGACUUGCAGUACAAAAUAGUGGUCCAAAUUUUCAAAUACCUCCUGCAUCUAAUGGCGAAAUGACAGGAAAUGAGUGCCCCAUGGAGUACGAUAUCAGUAAUCGUAAUUUUGCGGCAAACUUCACAAAUCUUGUAAUAAAACAAAUUCAGCGCUCUGAAAGGAGGGGACCGGAAAUCGUUAUGGACGAAAAAUGCACUUUACUCUUUUACACAACAACAGUGUAUAAGGAAUAUGAGAUUACGUGCUGGACCCUUACUCUACCCUUGGUAGUAGUGGUGCAUGGCAGUCAAGAGCCGCAGUCGCUGGCCACGAUCACUUGGGAUAAUGCGUUCUCUGUAAUAGAGCGAGAACCUUUCAAGGUGCCCGAUAAAGUGCACUAUACAAAACUAUUGGAAGCGUUAAAUAUGAAGUUCGCUUUCUCUACCGGCCGUCAUUUAACUGCGGAAAAUUUCGAAUUUCUACGCGAAAAACUGCUAUUCAAUGAUGCCGGUCAGGUAAAUGAGUACAUAAGCUACUCGCAAUUCUGUCGUGAUAAGUUACCGGACCGUGGUUUUACAUUCUGGGAGUGGUUCUAUGCUAUAAUGAAGUUAACAAAGGAGCAUUUAAAGCAGAUGUGGGUGGAUGGGCUUAUCGUUGGAUUUAUAAACAAACGUAAAACUAUGGAGCAAAUACUACCAUAUCAAGAAAAUGGUACAUUCUUGCUACGAUUCUCGGAUAGUGAAUUGGGUGGCAUAACGAUAGCUUUUCGUGAUGACUGUGGCAAUAUAAUGAUAUUAGCGCCAUGGACUAGCAAUGAUCUGCACACACGUUCGCUGGCUGAUCGUAUACGGGAUUUGGAUGUGUUGAAGAUUGUGUAUCCAAAAAUGUUGCAGCGUGAUGCUGCGUUCGGCAGUUUCUACACACAACAAAUCGGACGUCGCGAUUAUGUUUCCAGCAUAUUAAAAGUGCAAAUUGCUCCUCAGCCUCCAUCUGGUCAGCAAAUUAGCGUAUCAACCGGUUUUGAUAACAACGAUUGGCAAGCACUCGGCCUUCUAGAAGCAUUGGGAUCGGGAGAGGAGUCUACAUGCUCAUUCAAUUCCAAUGGUACAUCAAUCAUUGGAGUACAACCAGUACAAUGUUUUGGACUGUGAAAGAGCGAUACUAUGCAUACAUCUCAGGGUUGAGAUAUAUGAUUAAGUUGGACAAAGCGCAUAUGAAGAAUACAAAUUCAAUUUGUACACAACGGCUAGCCCCCCUUGAUAUCAUUGGAAUAGAUAUGGCACAGAUUUUAUUUUUGUAUGUAUGUUGGUAUUUAGAUGUUGUUAGACAAAAAGUGUUUAUUAGAAGUAAUUUUGUAUUUUUAUCUUAAUUUUUAACCUUGAAUUCAUGUACAUAAUAAAAUUUAUUAAAUAAUUAA